GUAAUAUUUGUGAAGACGAAGACUAACCAGGAGGGUUCAGGGCCCCGUGAUCCACGCCACCUGUACGCGAACCCGCUGAGCCCAUCAACGUGCUGGGUGACUGCCUUGGCAAUCUAUCUUGCAUGCCACCGUCGAUUGGAACCGGGGGCACUAUUUCCAGGCUCUAACCAGAAGCUACGAUUUAGCAAGGUGCUGGCUAACCUUUUG